AUGUUCGUUGCGGUUUCAGAGGUCGGUGGCCUUGUUCCCUGCGAGGUCUUGGCUGCAAAGGGCUCAGACGGCCAGCUGAAACACCGACGUGGUGCCUACGAACUUUGGCGCGAGCUCGUGAGAUCUUGCGACACGGACAACCCCGUAUGGUUCAAAAUCCAGUUUGCACGGUGGGGUGGCUUCUUGGAGGAACUGGUGAAGCGCGCCGAGGCCGCCUACAUCUCCUUCGAAAUUGCCAAGCGCCGGGCAGCGAAGACCUGA